AAGGCCGGCCUUCACUACCUCAUCCCAGCGACAAGCAGCAACCGCGACUUCUGCAAGCUGCUCCUCUCCUCAACCAUCCUCGAUUACCCCACCCCGGUCUUGAUCAACUGGGGCGCACACGAAGAAGCCAACCCUUACAAGCAACAUCUUGCCAAAGUCGAGACGCUACUCGCUUACAUGAAGAGGCUGAAGCCUAUCAGCAAGGAAGAUGAUCUGGUCCUCAUCCUGGACGGUUACGACGUCUGGUUCCAAUUGCGACCUGACGUUCUGCUCAAGAGAUAUUUCGAGAUGAAUGCGAACAUGGACCAGCGAACCAUCCAGGCUUUCGGCCAAGACGCUUUCGAGAAGGGCGAUCACCGCACUACCGUCAUCUUCGGUCCUGACAAGAUCUGUUGGCCCAUCGACUUCAGUCGCCCUGCAUGCUGGGCUGUUCCGCACACUGGUCUCUCCCCGACCGCUUUUGGCCCCGAACCCAACGACUACAGAGAGACACACAACGAGCCCAGGUGGCUGAACUCAGGAACCAUCAUGGGACCUAUCCAGGACAUGAUUGACGUGUUCCAAGCAACUCUCGACCUGAUCCACUACAACCACACUACAGACUCUGAUCAAUUCUACUUUGCCAAUGUCUUUGGUGACCAAGAAUUCGCUCGUCUGUCUCUGGAUCAAGAGCUUCUCGAAACCCAAGCAAAGGAAAGAUACAGAGAGGAAUUCCGCAAAGAAGAGGAUCCGCCUCGCCAGAUUCCCGAGUUUGAUGUCGGACAGAGAACCGAGUACCACAUUGGUAUCGACUACUUCUCAGCUAUGUUCCAGACCUUGGCCUUCUACAAACAAUUCCUAGCCUGGAUCCGUCCAAGUGACUCCUGGGCGACCAAGACAAGCGAAGGCGGCGAUGUUACUGCAGAGAGAUACACUUUUAAGGUGGCCGAAGACAUUUCUUCUUCGCGCUCACCUUUCGCCGCGUUCGAGGCCUCACCACCUGCAUCGAAUACCUCAGUCGAGUAUCCGAAAUCGUGGGAGGAUGUCAGUCUUUGUGUCAACACUGUCACUGACCUGGCUCCUGUCACUUUGCACUUUACUGGCGAGAAGUCUUUGCGCGAGUUGUGGUGGGACAAGCUUUGGUUCUACCAAGAUGGCGAAGAGCUCCGCAAAGCCAGCCUGAGAAUGCCCGAUAGACCUAUCAGCGAGGAGCCCAUUGCAGGCAAGACAUGGUACAAGAUUGAAUCCAGUGACCCAGAGGCAGGAAAGGGAGGAGCAUGGGCUGACAAUGGCGGCUGGCACUCAUGGACCAGUCUGUGCAAGACGUACGAGGAUCAGAUCUUCCCUCGGAAAACGCUCAAGAAGAAGGGACCUCAUCAUCACCCUCCGCUACUAUCAAGACUGCGGAACGGCGUUCCUAUCAAAAGGUGGCUUUUUUUUAUUCAGCUGGCAGGCGUUGCAGGGCUUGCAAUCAUGCAUAAAUCGGCGAGAACGGGCUUCGAGGGGUCCCAACCAGUGGGUUUAUGGAUCCUUGUUAAUUCAUUUUUUGGCACAGACGCAGCGGCUCAUGCUAACCACUCGGCGCUCUCUCGCACAUGCGCGCGAAACACAAGUGUUCCUGCCCUCUCUUACGACAAGAUCACCCUUCAGGGGUUCUACUAUUUUUCCGUCCUUUGCUUACAAUUUCCAUUCUUUUGCCCUAUCUCGGUUGGUCUUUUGUUUUCGCACUUUCAGUCUUUUCGCAACCCAAAUCUAACAACACAGGGUGGUCAUGGCUCUGCCAAAUCUACAGUUUCCACCAAAGUGGAAUUGUUGCCUCCAGCCUACCUGCGAAUGGUCUAUCCAGUGAGGCACGCAGAUGCCAACUACUGCAAAACUAUUCUUAGUAGCGCCAUCCUGAAUUAUCCGGAACCAAUGUUGAUAGGAUUUGCGGGCAGUAAGCAGGAGGAAGAAGAUGCUGACUCCACUGUGGACUUGGCCCAACGCGUCUCUCGCAAGACCAGCAUCCUUGGCAUCGACAAGCACCUCAGGAACAUCUCGACAACUCGCGAUGAGGAUCUGGUAAUCAUAGCCGAUGGUCUGAACACCUGGUUCCAAUUGCGCCCUCAGACACUCCUCGAUCGGUACUUUGAAUCCAACAGGAACGCAGACGAGCGAAUCAGAAAGGAGUUCGGAGUGACUGCCGACGUCUUGAGUAUCCGUCAAAAGAUUAUUUUCGGUGCUCAGAGAGACUGCUCGCCAUGGAAUCCAGAAGAUCCAGCUUGUGCUGCAGUGCCAGAGUCGACACUGCCAAGGGACAUUUACGGACCUCAGACUGAUGCUGAAGUCGGCGAGAAGAAGGAUGCUUUCACCAAGCACCGUCCUCGAUACAUAAAC